ACUGACAAAUUGGUUAACUUUUUUGACAACACAGGCAGAGAGAGCCACAACUUUUAUUUACUUAUUUUUAAGUUAACUAUUCAACUUGAUUAUUAGCUAUAAGGACAUAGUACAUCAUCUGUGAAACGUAGAUAGACAAACAGUUAUAAGAAUUGAUUGUAAUUAUGAAUGACGAAACAAAAAACAAUGUUAAGGAAACGAGAGAACUAUAUUCAAUGUUCCACCAAGAAUAUGUUAUCAUGGCAGAGUACCGUAUGUUACAAACCGAAAAUUUACAAGGGAUUUAUGUUAUUCCCUCCUACGAGAACUCAUUUUUGUGGUUUGGAGUUAUUUUUGUGAGGGCUGGAUAUUAUGAAGGAGGCAUCUUCAGAUUUACAUUAUCAUUGCCAGACAAAUUCCCUGAUGAAGAAGUUCCUGUUUUGACGUUCACAUCAAACUUAUACCACCCAGCUGUGGAUGCUAAUACUGGAGUGCUUAACUUGAGUGAAGUUUUUCCCCAGUGGGACCGAAAACAAAAUCACAUUUGGCAAAUAUUGAAAUAUGUUUACUCAAUAUUUCACAACUUGAAUGUUAAAGCACCCUCCAAUGUUGAGGCAUCUGUUGCGUAUAAGAGCAAUAAAAAGACAUUUUUGGAAAAAGUGAGAGAAUGUGUUGUGAUAAGUAUAGACCACAUUUAUGAUGACCCUCCUACUGAAGAUAAACAUUUUAUAACAUUCAAGCCCUAUGACCCUGAUGUCCAUGACACUGUUAAAAACAUUAUGCUUAAAACCCCAACAACAAGUGAAGGAGGAAACCAAGGUAUAUCUUGGGUACAGCCAGGAUCAUUUCAAGCAUUUUCUAAAGAAGAGGCAACAUAACUAUAAGAAAAUUAUUUAUUUACAAAAAUCUACAUAUUUACAUGUAACAUGUAUAAUAUACAAUCUUACAAAUUAAUUUUGACUAGCCAUAACCACAUCCUGUGAUAAUAUUCAAUAUUGUUCUGUUAUUUAUUGUUUGAACCACCAAUUAAAUGAUUGUAUUAUUA